AUGGAGUAUACAAACGCCGAAUAUUGCGAUAUGUUGCUCGUUCUCGGACAGUGCAACAAUCAAGCGAGUGUUGCUGCUAGACGGUAUGCCGAAAUUUAUCCACAUAGACGUCACCCAAACGUAAACGUCAUUAGAAGAGUAGAGACCAGAUUACGCGAAACAGGCAGCGUAAUCAUCAAUCGUCCAAAUGCCGGACGUGGACGAAAUAUGAGAAUGAUUCAUAGAGACGAAGAAAUUAUACAACGAUUUGAAGAAAACCCGGGAAGAAGCAUUCGUUCAAUUACCAACGAAAUAAAUGUGCCGUACACGACAAUCCAGCGUGUUUUAAAAAGUGAAG